AUGGAUGACUUGCGUCGGCGAGCCGACAAGUACAUGCAGAUGGAAGAGUUAGCUGAGUUUCGGAAUCAAGCCCGAGCGGAGGUGUCGGCAAGACCUGACAAGCCGGCCGAGAGUAAUUUUCGAAGCUGUCCAAAAGAGCUAAUUCCUCGUGAGAAACCUCCUCGCGGGCCAAGGUACUCGCAGUAUACGCCACUUAACACUAGUAGAGCGGCCAUACUAGAGCAAGCACUAGCCUCAGAAGUGCUAGCCGUCCCGAAACGAGCUUCGACCCCUCCCAAGGCCGAUACAACUAAGUCUUGUAGGUACCAUCGCAAUCGAGGGCAUUCAACAGAGGAAUGCGCGGCCUUAAAAGAUAAAAUUGAAGAUUUAAUCAAGCAGGGACAGCUGCAAGGCUUCGUGGGCCACCCAAAUUCAUCCCGACACGCUGAUCGGUCGAGGCGACAUGAUCAGCUCGAACAAAGGAGAAUAGAAACACGCUUAUACAGGGAACGCAGUCGGUUCAGAGAAAGAAGAGAAGCGGAGCCUUCGUCACAGCCUCGGCGAGUCAUCAACACCAUAGCAGGUGGAUUCGCUGGUGGUGGCUCAUCCUCGUCGGCGCAACGAAGACACUUGCGGGCCGUUCGAUAUGUGCAUGCCGUUGAAACUGUCCGUCGUCAUCUACUCACCAUAACCUUCACCGAAGCCGAUUUCAAAGGCAUCGACCCGGAUCAGGACGACCCAAUGGUAAUUAGCGUUGAAAUUCACAACUGUAUUGUGCGUAAAACGUUGGUUGAUCAGGGAAGUUCAGCCGACAUCCUGUAUUGGAACACGUUCAAGCAGUUGGGUAUUCCGGAAUCCGAGUUAGUUCCUUAUGAUGAACCCCUGGUUGGGUUCUCAGGUGAACGAGUUAGAACAAAAGGGUAUAUCAGGCUGUCAACCUGGUUUGGGUUUGAAGGAGCCGAAUACCGAGACAUUUCGAUUAAAUAUGUGGUAGUUCACGCCAGCACGUCUUAUAAUAUUCUGCUCGGCCGACCAUCCCUGAAUUAG